AUGCUACACACACACACACACACACUCACCCAGGCACUCGUCCAGCCAGCCACGCUCACGUCCCUUCACCGCCUGCCGCCUGCCCUACUCCUCUGGAAAAGGAGCAACUCUUGCUCAACGGUAGCUAUGUAUGACGGGUCUGAGAGCCAGAACCAGACGGAACAGAAUGUUUAUAACCUGAUUCAGACCAACGGCACGUGGAGCCGACGCAGCCCCCAGCAGAGCCAGCAGGGGGAGGGCCGGUUGUCGGCGGCCAAGAUCUAUGAGAGCCGGUCCGACCAGGGCUCCUGCUGGACGGUGGUCAGCCCCGUCACCUUCACCUACAGGGUGCUCCAGUGCCGGGACCUGCUGGACGAGGCCAACGACGCGCUGCUGUGGGGCCACGUGGGGGACCCCGAGGAGCUGCGGGCCCUCAGGGGCCGCCCGGGGCCCGUCAAGCGCUUCGUGGUCAUGGACGAGACGGUCCACGCGCUGUACGGCGCCCGGGUGGCGCGCUACUUCGAGGCCCGGGGCGUGGCCUUCAGGAUCCUGCCCCUCCCCACCACGGAGGAGAACAAGUCCCUGGAGCUGGUGGCCCAGGUCCUGGAGGAGGUGCACGCCUUCGGGGUCGACCGGCGGGCCGAGCCCAUCCUGGCCAUCGGGGGCGGGGUCUGCCUGGACGUGGCGGGGCUGGCCGCCUCGCUGUACCGCCGGCGGACCCCCUACGUGCGCGUGCCUACCACCCUGCUGGCCUACGUGGACGCCAGCGUGGGCGCCAAGACGGGGGUCAACUUCGCCGGCGGGAAGAACAAGCUGGGGAGCUACGUGCCGCCGGCCGCCACGCUGCUGGACCGCGGCUUCCUGCGCAGCCUGCCCCGCCGCCACCUCGCCAACGGCACGGCGGAGAUGCUGAAGAUGGCCCUGAUGAAGCACAGGGGGCUGUUUGAGCUCCUGGAGGCUGAGGGCCCCGCCAUGCUGAGCUCCAGCUUCCAGUCCCCCGACCGCGUUGGCGCAGAGGAACCAGCAGAUGCCGCUACGGAGUCGACCCGUGUUGCCAUAGAAACCAUGCUGGAGGAGCUGGCGCCCAACCUCUGGGAGGACGACCUGGACCGCCUGGUGGACUUUGGUCACCUGAUCAGCCCGGAGCUGGAGAUGACGGUGCUGCCCGCCCUGCUCCACGGCGAGGCGGUGACCAUCGACAUGUCCUUCAUGCUGUUCGUGGCCCGGGAGCGCGGCCUGCUCACGGCCCAGCAGCAGCAGCGCGUGCUGGGCUGCAUGCGGGGGCUGGGGCUGCCGGUCCACCACGCGGCCUGCAGCCUGGGCCUGGUCCGCCAGGCGCUGGCCGGGCGGCUGAAGCACUCGGCCGGCUCCCUGAGGAUGCCCCUCCCCACGGGGCUGGGCAGGGCAGAGAUAUUCCAUGACAUCAGCGAUGAGACCGUGUGUGAGGCCUACAGUAAAUGGAACCAGGAGCUGUCAGCCCCAGAGGACAGCUGACGGCAUGGAGCUGUACUGUCGUCCCUGCAGUGUGGCGCAUCGAAUGGUCUCGCUGAGGCCAGAUCUCACGUGUUCAGUCUGGUGGAGCUUUGAGUGUUUUCUGUUCACUGACGCAUUUCGUAUUGAGUGGUGAUGCUGUAAAGACACUGAGGAACACAUGUGAGGGGGUUUCAAUGUAGAAACGAGACCGUAGGGGAGGACUCCAGGGAGAAUUAAAAAGAAACAGGAGAAUAUAGAGUGACCGUACAACGCAGAGUUAGCCUGUACAGGGGACUGUGCCUCAGUAUAACAUUGAUCUCCAGAUUUAUUGGUUGUAGGUUUUGGUUGAACUGCCUUUUUUCCCUCUUGAACAGGAAACAAACAAAAGCUGGUGAACAAACAACAACGACCAAUGGGCUGUGAACAUUCAAAUAAAACGUUUUAAUAUUUUUCCACAACAUUUUCACAUAGAGUACCAGUGAGUCGACGUUCAGAGACUCACCAUCCUUCAACCAGUAUGUGAACAUCGCCGCGCACGUCUCUCACACUAACACACAUUCUAGGAACAUUAGCGACAGAGUCUAUAAUACGACCCAGAGGAACCAGAACACGUUUAAUAAAGGUUACAAUUUGAACCAGCAGUGUAGUUUUCUUGUAGUGGUAAAUAGGUCUACCCAGAAUGCACCAUUAUAGAAUGUGUUUAACAGUUUCAACAAUUUCACGCGAUAUGAUAGCUUGAACAACCAAUGCUUUUGGCGAUGAUGACACAAGUGCUGAAUGAUUUAAAAGAAAAAAUACAGAAAUGUAGCUUAAGACCAUGUGCAACGGCACGGGCCUGCGUUUAUUGCUUCACUAUGGCUUUGACUCUGUUGUCUGCAGAUGUGGAACAUUCUGAAUCAAUGCAGUUCUGCCGCUGACGGAUUGCAAUCAUUGAUACAUUAUUGCUAGGACGAUACCAUUCAUUAAAUCUCAAUUUUCCUUUCUUGAACAUAUUUCUUUCUAUAUUUUGCAUAAUUCCGAUUGUUUUAAUAUCCGUGGCUUACUUUGGCAACCAACACUAUAAAGUACAUUCAGGCAAAACAUUGUCAAGAUAAAAAAAGGAAGUAAAACAAAAGUGUAACUUACAAUAAAACCAUUAUUGCCUUUUUAUCUUUCUUUUAACUGCGAGGAUACGAUUGGAAUAUCUCACGAGUUAGUGCCCAGGGCCAGGGUGAAUCAGAAGGGGAGUGAGGAGCUAUCAAUGCCUAUAGUGUAGAAGCAUAUAGUUAUGUGUUUACUGGAUAAUGAAUCCCCUCUCCUACACCUUCCCUUACGGACCUCACAUACCCCGUGAAACACUGUUUAUCAGGACAGUCAUCAGCCCCGCAUUGUGCUCAGUGUCUGCGUCUGCUACAACACCGCCAUGAGAAAGAAAUCUCUAUUGUAAGGCACUUUAAUGACGAGGAGAAAAUAACUUCUCUCGGGUGUCUCAGACUAAUCCGCGACACAAAUCAAAGGAAAUGCGGACCUGAAAUUGUCAAAGGUGCAACGACAGACGUGAUGCCGCUCUGCAAGCACGGCUGUAACCAUUGCAUAGUUCCGGAACGAAAUAGAAAAAUAAAAGUGAAAACAUGAGGUUUUGUUGUAACAGGGCUCUCAACAUGGCUGCAUUAAGAAAGCGAGGAAGUCAAAUAGUUACAACUGCACACUAGAUUACAUCUUUCAAAAUGGUAUCAGUCAUACUUAAUAUGUUCAUUUUGAAACCCACGUAUAUUAGUUAGUUUAGAGGUAAGGGCUGGCAAACCACUUAACUUAACUCUGAUGUCAUUCCAGUGUUCUGUGCAUGUCAUGUAUUUAAUACAGCAUCCUACAUCAGUCUCCUUAUAGUCCUUGGCAACAUAAAUGUCCACAGUCAGCACACAACAUCCUUUGACCAUUAAAUGCAUAAUAGAUUGACCGUCAGAUAAUACCAAAAGAUUUAGCAAAAUAUAAUUUAGGGACUAGAAGGGUGCCAUGAAAGUAAAAUAAGAUUUCCCCACAUAAAGAGAUCGAUGGAGUGUUUGUUAACAGUGUUGGGAAAAGAACGAGGCUAGGGUAUGUUACACUUCGUAUUCUGAUCAAAUAAAGUAAAAAAGCACAGUAGGCCAGUCGGCCUCCCAAAAAUAGAGUCAACACAACACACUAAAUCCUUUCAUUCUGAUUGCAUAAUCACAAUACAUUUGUACGAUCGAUCUAAAUUACUUUUUGUUUCUUAAUUUACACCUCUCAGAAGUUUGGAAAACUAAGUUUAUUUAAAUAGUAUACUUAUAUGCGUGUAUUCAUUCUUCAAGGGGUCCAUCUUAUACAACAUAUGCGGUUCAAAUAAAUAUUUGCGCUCCUUAAAAAACGUACCAAAGAAAAACAAGCUGCUAAUUGUAUCCAGCGUUCCCAGCCCUAAGCACGUUCACAACAGGCUCUCUGUGUCUUCUGCGGCCCAUGAACGUGUGGAAACGUCCCCCCCGGUUGGUAUUUUGAUGACAGGCAUGAGGCAGACAGCCUGGAGAGGCUGGAGGAGGCACUCGACAUCACACGGAUCAUGGGUUUCAGUGUGAGCCGCACUGGGUUCUCUGAGACGUUGGGCAGACACAUGUGCUCCUUUGUACCGGCCUGAAGAAAGAGUUAACAAUCAAGGAGCCUGCGCUGAUAGUGGCAAUCACCUGAUUUUCUCAUUAAGGAAACAACGUCAAACACUUUAACCGCUUGUUAGUGACGACCCGGGGCCUGAAACAACGAGGCCCUUAAGUGAGAUUCCCCCAGUGGUGACCCUAGAGGAAUCUCUUGAUAGUGUUUGUUUUGUGUGCAUUGGUUUGAAAUUAGAUUUUGAAUGGUAUUAUUACCAUCUAAUGGAAUUAGUCACUGGUAAAAUGUUUUUUUUUGAUGGUCUGUGAAAUGUUGUUAUCCUUUUGAUCACAUAAAUCAUCUUUUUUAUAUUUCUUGAAAAAGGCUUGAAAUUGAUUUAAGUUCAGUUCUUAUGGCAGCUUUAUUUUUUCACAUAUUGGUUUAUGAUAGUUAACUUCCCACUUUUAUCUCUUCAUUUGA